AUGUCCUCGCUCGCGCUCGCCGAAGCAACACUCCUCGCAGUCUUGAAAGACGACCCUUACCCAGCCAUUGUUUCUCAGGACCGCAACAAGAAUGACCGCGAGUGGAUGUACAAAGCUCCCGAUAUUCCCAAGGUCCGCGCCCACCUCUUCGCCCGCCUGUGCCUUGCUGCCGCAGAGCACGCUGCCCAGGCAUCCUCACUUUGCCAAGCCGCAGGCCGAGGAUCCAGCAAGAUCAACGAGGGUCUCCUGCGAUAUCUCGAAGAUCUUCGGCGGACUUGCCGUGCUAAAGCAUGUCGGUUCUUUGGUAUUGAUGCUGAGAUCGGCGGCGAGGUUGGGAAGGCCAUCGCUUGGCUACAGGCCGGCCUGCAGGAGCUCGGUAUCGAGUCCAAGUACUCAGCUAAAGGAUCCGGCUUCAGUCGCUUCAAGAAGGAGUGGACCGAGAAGCGCGAGGAGCGGAAAGUGGAGAAGGAAACAGCCUGGGGGGCGGACGGCGGUAAGGUCGAGGAAACGAGAGUGGUUGAGUUCCUUGAGGUCAAGUGGCAGAAGCUUAACGAUACGAUGAACGUCCAGAUCAUUCCGCCGGUCGGGCCCUUGCUGGCUCAGAUGCCGUCUGGCCGAGAGAUUCAUGCCCUCAAGCCAUAUCAGCCUCCAACGCUGGACCCAAGUAUCCUGGACGCCAUGCGCGCACCGCCAGAGAGGAAAGACGACUAUGGAGAUGCUUUGAGCUCGGACGAUGAGGCAAAAGGUCACGCAGGUCCCCCAGGGGCUUUUCCUGAGUCAAGACCAGAUUACAGAAGUGCGAGCACGUCGUCCUACUACUAA